AUGUAUCUCAUCAACGUUUCGACGUUGAAGCUCGAGGAGUUCUAUAGCAACAUCCCUGAAUAUGCAAUCUUAUCACAUACAUGGGGUCAAGCUAGUGAGGAGGUCCUCUUUCAAGAGAUGCUCGCCAACUCAUCCGACGUGAAGCUCAAAAAAGGCUAUAGAAAGAUCGAAUUAUGCGCCAAGCAAGCUCAGAAAGACGGGCUCGACUACUGCUGGGUCGAUACCUGUUGCAUUGACAAGUCUAGCAGCGCAGAACUCUCAGAAGCCAUCAACUCCAUGUUCUCAUGGUAUCGAAACUCGGCUGUCUGCUAUAUAUACCUUGAAGACGUGGUCCACAAGGAAUACUCGGCUCAAGUUGACGAGUCUCUCGGAGAAGCACGGUGGUUUACACGGGGUUGGACACUACAAGAACUCUUAGCUCCGCGAGCUCGUCAGUUCUUCGAUGCAAACUGGACCAUGAUCGGAGAGAUAUCAAAGAAUCGCUACAGAGAACACCUCGUCAAUGGUUUCUUUCGUAUGGAUACAACUGCCGAUGAAGAAGGAGAUCCUCAAGAGCUUGAGGGCAUGAGUCUGGCGAGUCAAGUAGCCCAGAUCACUGGUAUUCCCAGGAAGGUCCUUUAUGUCGGCGAUCUUGGAUCCUUCUCAGCUGCUACGAGAAUGUCAUGGGCAGCAAGGCGACGAACAACUCGUAUAGAAGAUCAGGCAUACUGCUUACUGGGAAUCUUUGACGUUCAUAUGCCCCUCCUCUACGGCGAAGGGAAGCAUGCUUUCAUACGGCUGCAAGAGGAGAUCAUCAGAAAACAGCCAGACCAUACACUGUUCGCAUGGCGCUCAGAGCCAACUUCGCCAGCGCCAACAUUCAGUGGUCUUCUUGCUCCUUCGCCAUGGAACUUUGACAGCGAUCACUGCCGUGGUAUAUUACCAAAGCAAGUUGACAUACCAUAUGAAAUGACGAAUAAAGGCUUGCACUUACAGGUUCGUUUGGUGGAAUAUAAUGCAGGAUCUGAUGAAUUCUACGCCAUCCUGGAUAUCACUCAUCAGUCAAAUCCGAGGAAAGAUAUAUGGUAUGGCAUCAGACUUGGACGGUUGGAUAGCUGUGGCCAAUACGCUCGAAUCAAUACGGGAGAGCAACUAGUUCGCGAGGUCGAAACGACACGUACGCUUUCAAUCAAGCCAACACAUAUUUAUAUUCAGUAUUUCAUUCGCCACAACUGUCCACUAUAUGGCAGAAACAAACCCUCCACGGUUGUUCUGGGUUGCGCUAUGGAGACGAUGUCAUUGACAGUCCUUGAAGCAUCAGGGUCCAAGAGCUGGGAUUCAGAAUCAUUCACGUUUCUCCCCUCUAAGGAUGAUCUUUUUUAUGCCAGACUUGCAUUCCAAUGCAAGCCAAACCUAAAAGGUUCGUCUCCGUUGACUAUUGGAUGGAUAGUCAGGAAGGAUGAUAUAGAAGGUAUCAAGUCUCAUCUUGCCAUUCUUAAGGAGAAGAAUGAUUUAUAUCGACCCAAUACUCUUUGGGAGAAUGGUAUUCGAUCAGGAAUAGUCAAGAUAUGUCCUCAGUCGACCUAUCAUAUUCGCGAUGGUGAAAUGGUGGCUAUGAUAGCUCUUCAUGAUCAGAUAAUCCUCAAAAACUAA